AUGUUUCAAUUAAUUGUUCGCACUAAAGUUUUUCUCUUUAAGUGGCAUUAUUUUGGCCUGAAUUUUAAAGGCAAAGAUGAGAGAUUUUCUUGUUUGGAAGUCUACAUAAUUUGACAUCUAAGAGCUCGAUUUACUGAUGAAACAGAGAUUUUGAAGAUGUCACAAAGGCACGCAAGUCAAGCUAGCACUGGAGCAGGAAAUGAGGUGGACUCUCCUUCUGUCAACUUCAAGUACUCCGGCCUCAGAGAUUUCUGUUUCACAUCUUUAUUUCAAGAUAGUGGCUGUAACGAGUUGUUAAAAUCUUGCAGCUUUGAUAAUACAAAUGACGAAUUUUUUAGAAAGAAAGAAAAAGGCCCAACAUUAAUUUAUGAGCGCCCUGAAACCUCAAGCCUGGGCUUAACACAUCCUUUAGAGUCUUCCACUCAAAAAAAGAAAUUUGUCUCUCCUAGGAAGGAAGAGGAUAAAACCCCAGAACUUUGUGAAACUCCUAAAGUCAGUGGAAUAAAAUGCUUACCACGCAGAAGGUUGAAUGUAUCUUUCUCUCUUCUGAAGGGGGACUGUGAGUCACAAAAUAGUUCUCUAGAAAGUACUGUAAGCCAAGUUCUCAAUUUAGGAAAAAAUAUUCCAAGCGGUGCUUCAGGUUUUCCAAGGCAGAAUAAUUUUAGCUCUUUAGUUACUAGCACUUUAAAAACAGAAGAUGUGACUUCCAGCAGUCAAAAAUUGAGACUAAGUUUUUCUCAACAAAAGGUUUCUACAAUUGAUGAUUCCAAAGAUGACUGUAGCCUAUUUGAAGUUGAAUGUAUAUCUCCAAUUCAGGGUGAUAAUUUUAAAGACUCUAUCACACAUGACUUUAGUGAUAGCAGUUUAAGUGUUAAUGAUGAGAAUACAUAUCCUGAACUUCUGGGCUCCUCUGUUAGUGGAACAACUUGUGGGACAGAUGAGGACAUAUUUGUGACUCCAAUAAGUAAUCUUGUAGCAAACAUUAAAUUUAAUGCAAGUCAAACACUUUCUCCCUCCACUGAAGUGAGAGACAAUAUUUCAACACCUGAAGACAGUGGUUUUAACUCACUUAGCUGGGAUAAAUCAGAAGAUUCCCUCUCUGACCAGGAAGGAUCUUUUCAAGAACUACUUCAGAAACGUAAGGGAACUCUCAAAGUGGGGGACACCAUAAGAAAGUCAAGGCGCCUCGGAAGGUCAAGAAGACUGUCCACGCUUCGGGAGCAAGGCUCACAGUCAGAGACGGAAGAUGAAAAGAUAAUUCACUCCAACUCUGGAACAAGACCAGCAGCUGCUUCAGACAUCUCAGAGAGUCAGAUGAACAUUGAUAAGAGUGGGGAUUUUAUUUUAAGCUCUAAGAAUUUAUCAAAGACCCCAGCCUUGCAAUUAGUGCACGAGCUCUUUAUGAAAAGCAAAAGGAAAAGAUUCCAGCAAAACAGUACACAUGAAUUCUUAGAAGAAAGGGAUGAGGGGAAAAUAGCUGUACUGCGGUGUGUACUUGCAGGACUGAUUGGCAAGAAAAUGGGUAUAGAAAAAUUGGACAUCUUAACAGAAUUAAAAUAUAGAAAUUUAAAGCAUAUUCUUGCUAUGGUUUUAGAUUCCUUGACUGCAGAGAGCCUAUGCAGUGUUUGGAAAGUAAGCAGAAAUUGGCGUGAAAUUGUUGUUCAAGAUAGAAAAGCAAAUCGCAGGAGGAAAUUUUAUAUCACACAACUGAAAACAGAUUCUGAGGGGGCUGUGUUAAAUGUAGAGGAUGCUGCCACCCGACUCCAUCUUUCAAACCGCUCAGCUUUAAGAUCUGUGCAAGCACAGGCUAGGCUACCUAGUACUCAGAAAGAGCAAGUUUCAACAUUAUCUCCUUGGGGAGAAGUUUUGACACCUACAGCAAGCUCUUCUGUUACUCACUUAAGUAGUAAACAGGAAGAAUAUUUUAAGGUUGCCAAAACACUUUUUACUGAUGAAGCAUUAAAACCUUGCCCAAGGUGCCAAUCCCCUGCUAAGUACCAGCCAUAUAAGAAAAGGGGACUGUGUAGCCGCACAACCUGUGGUUUUGACUUUUGUGUGUUAUGUUUGUGUGCUUAUCAUGGGUCUGAAGAAUGUAGUAAAGGAGCAGCAAAGCCAAGAAAUAGAAAAGAUACUCUCCCAGGAAGUGCCCAGAGUAAGCGGAAUUUAAAACGCCUUUAA